AUGCACGUUAUCCAGGCCCUUUCCUUCCUCACGACCUCUCUUCCUUCCAAACCCCUUCUUAAACCCCCGGCAGCCCACAAAUCCCAUUUUCCCGCCAGACGCCUGAACUUACAUCUUACCUACUCCUACUCCUCCGACGAGUUCCCCGUCGGCGACAACGACGCAUUCCUCGAGUCCUUCGGGGUCAAGUCGACAGAGUCCGAAGAGGAUGCCCGCAGAAAGAACUGGAUCGAGAGGGGAUGGGCCCCUUGGGAAGAGAUCCUCACCCCCGAAGCCGAUUUCGCCCGGAAGUCCCUCAACGAAGGCGAGGAGGUGCCCCUUCAGACUCCCGAGGCACUCGAGGCUUUCAGGAUGCUGAAGCCCAAGUACCGGAAACAGAAGAUGAAGGAGAUGGGCCUCACGGAGGAUGAGUACUACGCCAAGCAGUUUGAGAUUAAGGGCGAGAUCCCGGAGCCUUUGAAGACUUUGUGGAGUGGGCCGUUGGUGUUGGGCCUCGUGCCGCCCAGAGAUUGGCCGCCUAGGGGUUGGGAAGUGGACAGGGAGGAACUGGAGUUCAUUCGUGGGGCCCACAAGCUGCAUUCAGCCGUCAGGUUGGAUUAUGAGAAGCUGGACGAGAGGGCGGAGAAGGUGAAGGAUACGGGGGAUAUGAGCUUCGAGAGGUAUAAGGUGUUCUUGAAGCAGUACAACGAGUGGGUCGAGGCCAACCGGGAUAGGUUGGAGGAGGAAUCCUAUGAGCAAGACCAAGAUUAUUAUCCCGGCAGGAGGAAAAGGGGAAAGGAUUAUAAAGAGGACAUGUAUGAGCUUCCCUUCUAUUACCCCGAACAAAUUUGUGCAGGUAAAGUAACAGCUAUACACCUUUAUCAAGGAGCAUUUGUUGACAUUGGAGGCGUACAUGAUGGGUGGGUCCCAAUCAAGCGGAACGACUGGUAUUGGAUCCGACAUCACAUCAAAGUUGGCAUGCAUGUCAUUGUUGAGAUUGUGGCAAAAAGAGAUCCUUAUCGAUUUCGAUUCCCUAUUGAGCUACGGUUUGUCGACCCCAAUAUAGAUCACCUAAUAUUCAACAAAUUUGAUUAUCCCCCAAUAUUUCAUCGCGAUUCUAAUCCAGAUGAACUACGACGUGACAGUGGAAGACCUCCUAUACCAAGAAAAGAUCCUGGAAUCAAAUGGGAAGAGGAACCUCUAUUGUCAAAUCACCCAUAUGUUGAUAAGUUAUGGUUGAUACAUAAUGCUGAGCAGAUGAUCCUUGAUGAUAUGAGGGCCAAUCCUGAUAAGUAUAAAGACAAAAAGUUAACGGAGUUGACUGAUGAAGAAGAGUUCGAUGAAGAGAAUAGUGUUGAGCAUGGAAAAGCAUACUAUAAGAAAGCACUACUCCCAAAAAUAACGCUGAAAAUAAGUGUAAAGGAGCUUGAUCUGGUAGCUGCACAUGCUGAACGACAGGUCCACACAAGACUAUGGAAAGAAGCUGCAGAAAGAGGAGAGGAAUACAAAAUCACCAAGCUAAGGCGAAACGAGGAAAUGGACGAAUAUGACUUCAUUCACUGGCGCCGAUCAUUUGAAGAAAGAGAAGCCCUCCUCCGGGAUAUUAGCUGCCGGCAGGCAGUGGGGCUUCCUCUGGAAGAGCCCGGUAGGUACGUGGACCCCAGCUACUUUGGAAAAGACGAAUACGACCAGGAUAACCCCCUUUACCGAUACGACUACUGGGGGGAGCCCAAAAAUUCGGAGAAGAGCAAGCAAGACCGCAUGAUGGAUGCCCACAACAAGUCUAUUGUUGGCAAGGGUACUGUUUGGUACGAGAUGUCAUAUGAGGAAGCCAUCAAGCAGCAGGAACAUAGGGAAAAGCUUGGGAUUAAACCGAGGGUGUAUGAUGACGAGGAUGACUCAGACAGGGAUUCAGAUGAAGAUGAUGAUGAUGAUGACGACGACUUUGACUUUGACUACAGCAUCUUGGGCUCCUCAAGUGCCGACGAAUCUAACCAGUCGCACGUAAAUGGGACAGAAUCUUCCAGGUUGUCCGAAGAAGGAAGCUUUGAAGAUUGA